AUGGGGGGAACCGACUUUAAUUGUCUACAAUUUAAAGGGGCCGGUACAACUGCUCGUGAAUAUGUAAGGUGGGUGCUCACGCAACCCGAGCCCUGUUGGAUAUCUCCCAUCUUUUUAGUGCAGUUCAUAAUCGACCGAGCCGUAUUGGAUACUCUCAUUCCUUGGAAUGCAGUCGAUAGUCGAUCGAUAUUGUAA